AUGGUGAAAUACCAGUUAUUGAUGAGAAAAAAGAGAAACUCUGAGGCGAGCCUGUUCAAAGCGUUCACAAAAUCACUUAAAGAGGGUGAUACUGGGUCUGAAGUCAAUCCAAACGACACCACCGAGGCUACACAACAAGGUCAAGUGGAUCAACAUGGCAAUGAUCAGAACGCGCAUUCCGAUGAAGGCUCACAAAACAAAACCCCGGACCGCAGGUCGACUGACAACCUUUACGCUGAUAUUUCCGAGGAGACCAAACUACUUCGAGAGGUCAAAGACAUAUGUGAUGAGCUCAACAUGCUAAAGAAUCUUGCUGAAGACCAAGACGACGUGUGGACACAGGUAUGGAAAGGCGGCAAUAGACCAGAUGCAACCACCUACGACACACCAACUGAGGUCAAGGCCGAAAUCGAAGAGAUGGUAAACGAAGCCGAAUUUGUUCAAAAAGCCAUCGAAACACUUCUUGAUCUGAAGCAAAAACGAGCAAACAUCGUGGAGGCCGAAUUCACUCGACAACAGAGUCAUGACACUGCAGUGCAAAGUGAUACUAUCAUGGUGUUCACGGUGGUCACCAUCCUCUUCCUCCCUGCUUCAUUCUUAACCAGCUUGCUCGCACUCAAUAUAUCGGAUUUCCCUCAUGCAGGAGGCGAUGUCAAGUUCGAAGGCCGGUUGAUCUUCCCGGUAAUCUUUGGCGUUUCAGUCGCGGUGUCUGGUCUCUUCUCGAUUAUUGCUUUCAACGCAAGCAAGCUCAAGGAGUUCCUUGGUUGGAAAAAGCACCAUACGAAUGUGGCAUCCAUCACCUCUCAGCCCAACUCACGAUCAGGCUCCUCAAGUAGUCUUCCGGUCAAUGAGUCACAGGUGAAUAAGUCCAGUAUAUCUGUGAAGGAAAUGUCCUCGUCACGGGAGAACUUGCAGGACCACAGCUAUCCAGAACAGCCUGGUGUGCCUUGGUACAAGGGGCGGAGAAGAAAACUACAGGAAGGAGUCGGGGUGUAA